AUGUCUCACGAAUCGUCACCAAAGUCUCCAGAGACAACAGGUGCUUCUGGCGGUGAGAAGUACGAUGAACUUGACGCUAAUAUACGAAACUUUGCUCCAGUCGCCCGCAUCAUGAAGAAUGCGCUCCCUGAAAACGCAAAGAUCGCCAAGGAAGCGAAAGAAUGCAUGCAGGAAUGCGUCAGCGAGUUCAUCUCCUUCAUUACGACCUCAGAGAAGUGUCAUCAGGAGAAGAGAAAGACGGUUAACGGAGAAGACAUUCUAUUCGCCAUGACUUCUUUGGGAUUCGAGAAUUACGCAGAGGCCCUCAAGAUCUACCUCUCGAAAUACAGAGAACAAUCCCAGUCCAACAGGGGAGAGACCUCGCACCGCCCAGGAAGCAGCGGCUACGGCGCCAACCCGCCAACCGGAGCGGGGAGCUUCCAAGCCGAGCCACAGAACAGCGUCCUCGGAGGCCAGCAAGGAGAUGGCACCGCCGACGCUCAGGGUUACAUGUACGGCGCGCAAACGGGGCACAAUGGUACCGGCGGCGCCGACGGCUACCAGUAA